AUGGCUACCAAAAAUCAUAAUGAUUACACGGUCGGGUGGAUCUGUGCCUUACCACUGGAGAUGGCAGCCGCGCAAGUGCUUCUUGAUGAAGUCCAUGAAGACUUGCCCGUGCAGCCGAAUGACCAUAAUGCCUACACUCUUGGAAGCAUUGGAAAACACAAUGUCGUGAUUGCAUGCUUGCCAUACGGUCAAUAUGGCAUCGCAUCUGCCACCACAGUUGCCGUGCAGUUAUUAUCUAGCUUCCGCUCUAUUCGAUUUGGUCUGAUGGUCGGGAUAGGAGGAGGGGUACCAAAUGAAGAAGCAGAUAUUCGCCUGGGUGAUGUCGUUGUCAGCAAGCCAACGAACACACAUGGAGGAGUGGUGCAAUUUGAUCAUGGCAAAGCGCUGAAUGGCGGCCAGUUCCAGCGAACAGGAAUGCUCAGCCAUCCUCCUCAGAUCCUCCUGACUGCUCUUUCUAAACUGCAAGCAAAUCAUAUCACGGGCCGGGGCCGAUUCGUGGAUUUUAUUGCCGAGAUCGAACGCAAGGUACCCAAACAAUCUUCCCCUUUGGCCCGCCCUACUCAGGAGGAUCGUUUAUAUCGUGCCGAUCACAAUCAUGUCAAUCCAAGUUCUAAGACUUGUUAUGACUGUGAUGAGACCAAAACCGUUCCCCGGCCUUCGCGGGAUUCAAACCAGCCUAUGGUCCACUAUGGCCUGAUUGCAUCUUCGAAUCAAGUGGUGAAAGACAGUCAAUUACGGGAUCGGUUGGGUCGUGAAUUAGAUGCAUAUUGCGUGGAGAUGGAAGCUGCGGGACUCAUGAAUAAUUAUCCGUGUCUGGUCAUUCGUGGAAUCUGCGAUUAUGCCGACUCGCAUAAGAAUAAAGAAUGGCAGGGAUAUGCCGCGGCAGUGGCCGCAGCAUAUGCCAAAGAGCUCCUCUCGGUGACCCCGGUUAUUCGUAUUGAUCAAACACGAACCGUGCGGGAUACUCUAUCCGACCAUGAUGUUACCACUGCAUCACCUUCGAAAGAGCUGUCGAGGCCGGUCACUCCGAGUACUUUCCAAACCAGUCCACCCGUGAUGAUCAAUCAGAGUGAGCUGGGUGGAAUUUAUCUUGGCACGAUCAGAGGCACAGAGAUAAUCCCGAGGCUAAUCCAAGAUCCUGCCUUUUGGAGGUCAGAGAUCAAUGCCCUGAUAAGGCAGCUACUUUUAAUACAUCCCCAAUGGUGGGUAGAGCGCCCGCAGCAGGCAGCGAAGACCUUGAAUGAUUUCUUCGCUCGUAACAGGCUCACCUUUCGAGUGAACAUUCUUCAAAGAAGGACUGACCGUCCAGGCUACUCUGGACAUGAUCGUCAGUACCUCGAUGCACUGUUCAAUCAUAAUCUAGGCUGGUUAAAUGGGUUCAGCGUGGUAGAAGGUGUUCCUGAGAUUAAUUUGGCUAUACUCAACCUGUGGUCUAUCCUUGAGUUUCUAGACAGAGGUUAA